ACACAUUGCCGGACGGACGACCUCCAGUUCGUAGAUGGAUCACCGCGGGCCGCUGUUGCCCGAUGGCCGCCGGCUGGCGGCCGCGCUCCUCCUCCUCCUGGCGGCCUGCCUCUCGUCUGCCCGGGCCGUCACCAGCGAGGAGGCCUCCUACAUCGCACAACGCCAGCUGCUCGCCAUGAGCGAGGCCGGGGUGGGCGAGGACGGCGACCUCCCCGCGGACCUGGAGUCGAGGCCUUGCCUGGAGUUCGACGGCAAGGCCGCCACCGCCAACAUGACCUUCCCGAACGAUCGCCUCCGCCGCGCCUACAUCGGGCUCCAGGCCUGGCGCAAGGCCUUCUACUCCGACCCCAAGAACUUCACCAGCGACUGGGUGGGCGCCGACGUGUGCUCCUACAACGGCGUGGUCUGCGCGCAGGCGCAGGACGACGCCAAGGCCACCGUGGUCGCCGGGAUCGACCUCAACGGCGCCGACAUCGCCGGCUACCUCCCGCCGGAGCUCGGCCUGCUCACCGACCUCGCCUUCUUCCACAUCAACACCAACCGCUUCUGCGGCAUCAUCCCCAAGAGCAUGUCGCGCCUCACCAUCCUCUGGGAGUUCGACGUCAGCAACAACCGCUUCGUCGGCCCCUUCCCCUACGUCUGCCUCGAGAUGCCCACGCUCAAGUACCUCGACAUCCGCUUCAACGAGUUCGAGGGCGAGCUGCCGCCCGCGCUCUUCGACAAGCCCUACGACGCCAUCUUCGUCAACAGCAACCGCUUCGUCGGCCCCAUCCCGGAGACCAUCGGCAACUCCACCGCCUCCGUCGUCGUCUUCGCAAACAACAAGCUCGUCGGAUGCAUCCCCAAGAGCAUCGGCCGCAUGGCCAAGACGCUCGACGAGAUCAUCUUCCUCAACAACACGCUCGAGGGCUGCAUGCCGCUCGAGAUCGGCAUGCUCACCAACACCACCGUCGUCGACGUCAGCGGCAACGGCCUCGUCGGCUCGCUGCCCAAGGAGAUCUCCGGCUGCAGCAAGCUCGAGCAGCUCGACGUCUCCAGGAACGUCCUCACCGGCGUCGUGCACGAGGCCAUCUGCGAGCUCCCCAUGCUCGUCAACUUCAGCUACGCAUCCAACUUCUUCGAGUCCGAGUCGUCGCCGUGCAUGCCCUCCGACAAAUCCGAGGUCAACCUCGACGACGCCAACAACUGCCUCGGCGCGCUCCGCCCCGCACAGAAGACCACGCUCCAGUGCGCGCCCGUGCUCGCGCGCCCCGUCGACUGCAACAAGCACGUGUGUGCCGGGCCGCACCCAACCACGACGCCUUCGCCGGACAGGAAGCAGGCAUCACCGCCGGCGCUGUCCCCGAUAAUUGGGCCAGCAAUGGAGAUCCCGACGCCGGCACCGGCACCGGCACCAGCACCCGAGCCGGCUGUUUUGGGCCCGAUUGUUGGGCCACUUCCACCCAAGGAUGAGUAUGCUGGUGCUCCGCCACCUCCCAGUUCUGGCUGGCUCCCGUUGACCCCUGAGCGCAAGAAGGCACCUCCGCCGGAAGAAUACACGCCUCCGGUGAAGGUGCUUCCGCCACCCGCACCCGAGAAGGUGCUUCCACCACCGACGCCCGUGAAGGUGCUUCCGCCACCCGCACCAGAGAAGAAGGUUCUUCCACCACCAGCGCCGGUUAAGGUGCUUCCGCCACCCGCACCCGAGAAGGUGCUUCCACCACCGACGCCCGUGAAGGAGCUUCCGCCACCCACACCAGAGAAGAAGGUUCUUCCACCACCAGCGCCGGUUAAGGUGCUUCCGCCACCCGCACCAGAGAAGGUGCUUCCACCACCGACGCCCGUGAAGGAGCUUCCGCCACCCACACCAGAGAAGAAGGUUCUUCCACCACCAGCGCCGGUUAAGGUGCUUCCGCCACCCGCACCAGAGAAGGUGCUUCCACCACCGACGCCCAUGAAGGUGCUUCCGCCACCCACACCGGUGUACUCUCCGCCACCCCCUGUGAAAUCUCCUCCCCCGCCGGCUCCAGUGAGCUCUCCACCCCCUCCGGUGAAGUCUCCUCCCCCGCCGGCACCGGUCCACUCUCCACCACCACCAGUGAAAUCUCCCCCACCACCGGCACCGGUGAGCUCUCCACCACCUCCGGUCAAGUCUCCUCCCCCACCCGCGCCGGUCUACUCUCCACCACCCCCGGUGAAAUCUCCUCCCCCGCCUGCUCCAGUGAGCUCUCCACCACCUCCUGUGAAAUCUCCUCCACCACCUGCACCAGUGAGCUCUCCACCACCUGCACCGAAGAAGCCUCCGCCGACAGAAACACCGGUAAUCCCACCUAAAGAAAAGUCAAUGCCACCACCAACUCCGACGAAGUCGUCUCCCCCUACAACCGAGAAGUAUGAACCACCAGUAAAACCUGUUGAAUCAUUGCCACCACCGGUGAAGUCAUAUCCGCCAAAAGAACCUACGCCUGAGAAGUCAUUACCACCACCAGCGCCAGUUAAGGUACUUCCACCACCCGCAACUGAGAAGGUGCUUCCACCACCGGUGCCGGUGAGCUCACCAACACCAACACCAGUUAAGGUACUUCCACCACCCGCACCAGAUAAGGUGCUUCCACCACCGGUGUCAGUGAAGCCACCACCGGCUCCAGUGAGCUCACCACCACCAGCACCAGUUAAGGUACUUCCACCACCCGCACAAGAGAAGGUGCUUCCACCACCGGUGCCGGUGAAGCCACCACCGGCUCCAGUAAGCUCACCACCACCAGCACCGGUUAAGGUACUUCCACCACCGGCACCAGAGAAGGUGCUUCCACCACCGGUGCCCGUGAAGCCUCCACCGGCUCCGUUGAGCUCACCACCACCAGCGCCAGCUAAGGUACUUCCACCACCCGCACCAGAGAAGGUGCUUCCACCACCGGCACCGGUGAAGCCUCCACCAGUUCCAGUGAGCUCACCACCUCCCCCUGUGAAAUCUCCACCACCACCUGCUCCAGUUAGCUCGCCGCCACCUCCGGUCAAGUCUCCUCCUCCACCGGCACCAGUUAGUUCCCCACCACCAGCACCGGUGAAGCCUCCACCCGCACCGGUGAGCUCACCACCUCCUCCGGUGAAAUCGCCACCACCUCCAGCCCCAGUUAGCUCACCGCCGCCUCUAGUCAAGUCUUCUCCACCACCGGCACCGGUCAACUCACCGCCACCAGCACCAGUGUUGUUGCCUCCUCCAGCAAAAUCCACCCCAGCACCGGUGAAAGAAGAGCCACAGUCACCUCCAGCGGAAUCACUUACACCCCCAAAGUUCGACGAGUUCAUCAUGCCGCCGGUCGUGUCGGCAAAAUACGCGUCACCACCACCACCCCAGUUCCAAGGAUAUUAAGCAUGGCACCAUCGAAACAUCGACGAGGAGCGACCAAUUAUGGUUUAACACAACAUCACGUGCACAUGCACACUUGUACCUCAUUAAUUUGGAUCGUGCAUGCAUGCAUGCAUGCGUCGUGACUUAUUAUUAAUUAUGUGCAUGUGUGCGUAUGCAUGUGCAAACUAAGUGAGACGGCAAAGUGUAUGAAAUGGGAAAUAGAUGUGAUCUAUGAUGCCUUUUUUGUUUGUUUUUGGAAGUGGGUAAUUUUAUUAAAGCAUCAAGCAACUUUUUUUUUUUGGAGAUGUGAUCCAUAAUGCCUUAUGUUCUGCUUUUCCCUUUAGGACAAAUGUAUUUCUUUCUUUUAUGAGCAAACAGUGUAUGAGAUUGAAGGAACAAAUACACAGUUAAAUGGUGUUUUGGUUUA